AUGGAGGAAGCUAGUGAUCCCAGUCCUGCAACGAAACAAGAGUUCUCGAAGCUCAAGAUCUUGCUAGUCAUGGCGGCAAACAGCAUCACGCAAUGUCUCAAGACGUUAAAGAGGGACCUUGGCAAGUACGACCGACGUCAUGGAGCGUACUUUCGCCAGUCGUCCCAUUUCUUUCUACGAAGCGAUAUUCGCGUCGCAAAAGGUAUUGCUAGGGACUUGCGGUAUGUGGCGAAACGGAUCAGCACAAGCAAAAGCCCCACCAUGUCCGAGGUAAAUGCCGCUCGCACCAGUACGAACGCAGCUAUUGACGCCAUGAAUGAUUUGAAACAAUCGGGUCGAAUCUACGACCAGAACCAAGUCCGUGAUAGCUCGGGUAGUCUGACGAGCAUCAUUGACGAUAUCAUGGGAGUCAACGGUAGCAAACCGAUGAAAGGUGGCGAACAAGUACUCGAAAGAAGUGACGAUGAGCGGAAGAUGAACAAGUCGAAACGAGGCCUUUUCGGACACAAGGGCAUUGGCAGGGACAUCUUCAAGGCAGCUGACACGGUGGAAGCGGUGAUGGCAUCGGCUUUGCACGAAAGUCUCAGCGGGUUUUCUGCUUUGAAAGAGCAGAUUGCAGCGACAGAAAAGGUCGUGUUGCCGUCGUUCGCGACUCGUGCAAAGGAGGCGGUUGUUAGUAUUGUGAGCAAAUUAGCGGGCGACGUUUAA